GAGGCCAUGCCCGCUCCAGAGACCAUCGCCCUGGGAGAGUGCACCCUGUCCCAGUCGCAGGAGCAGCUGUCCCCGCCCCUCUCCCGCACCGACAGCACCGUCUUCAGCCUGUCCCGGGCCGAGUCCCUGUGGAACUCCUCUCAGCACUCGGGCGCCUCCUCCUCGUCCGCCCCGCCGCGCUGCUCUGACGUCUACUGGCUGCCCAUACACCUCAUGUCCACCGGGGGCAGCUUCCUGUUCUGCGGCGUGGUCAUAAGCGGACUCUAUUUCGCCGGACACUGCAGGAAGGUCACCAACAUCCUGGGCCCGGCGCUGCUCUCGAUCGGGCUGAUGGUUUUCGUUGUGGGCGUGGUGCUCAUACCGAUAACCAAAGAAAACCGGAAACAAAGCAUGAAGAAACCUUUGUCCUACUACAGACCGCCCGUCUUCAAUAUAUGA